UUCACUCUUUUACAGUACAGUAAAUAUUUUUCCCCAACUUUACAUCUUUAUUUCUUUAUAUCUUUACUUUCAUAAUUUUUUUCCCCUGUACGGAAUAUACGGCGGUAUAUUUGAUUUAUAUAUUGUUAAAAGAUAUUUUUACAAAAAGAAAUAUAAUAUAUAAUAUAAUAAUACAUAAUAUAAUAUAUAUAACAUAGAACAAAAAGAAAAUAGUGGUACAGAAUAAGCAGAGAAAUUUUACCCCCUUUAAUAUUUAUCAAAUACUUUACUAAAAUUGAAUUGAAAGGAACUAAAUUUUCGAAUAGUCAUGGUUCUGAAGUAUAUCAAUGUGGACGAGGAGUUUAAAAAGAAUCCCGAUCUUAAAGAAUCGGAUCUGCAAAUGCUACGUGAAUGGUGUGAAAAACAACCGCACUUGCCGAAAGUCACUGACACGGAUUUAAUUCUUUUCCUACAUAGCAAUUAUUACCUGAUGGAACCAACAAAGACGAAUAUUGAAACUUAUUUUACGUUGAGGACACAUUUACCGGAAUUUUUCACGAGCAGGGAUUUGACACAGUCGCCGGAAUUGCGAACCGCAUUGGAAGUCGCUUUCACUACACCUCUAAAGGGAAAGACAAAUGAGGGUUACAGUGUUUUGUUUUGGAAAUUAAUGGACAGCGACGUCACAAAGUAUGUCCAUUUGCACACGAUGAAACUUCACGUAAUGAUAUUUGAUUUGUGGUUGCAAACGCAUGGAACAAUGCUUGGUCAUGUUUUGGUUAUUGACGUAAAGGGAAUAAGUAUUGGUCACGUGACAAGAACGAGUCCUAUAAUUUUCAAAAAAUUUCUCUGCUAUCUUCAAGAUGCAUUUCCAGUUCGUUUAAAGGCCAUACAUUUUAUUAAUUCAGUAGCCGCAGUCGAUAUGCUGUUUGCAAUGACAAAACCAUUUAUGAGGAAGGAAUUAAUAGACAUGUUACAUUUUCAUACGGCAAUCGACACAUUUAAAAAACUAUUUCCCAUGGAAAUUUUGCCAAAUGAAUCAGGCGGUAAGGCAGGUCCUGUGGAGGGAUUUCGACAAAAUAGUAUCAAGGAAUUGGAGGAAUUUCGCUAUUGGUUUGCGCACGACGAAUUGCAUGGACGUGUGAAUGAAUCUAAACGCGUUGGAAAAGCGAAAAACGCUACCGAUCUCUUUGGCGCUGAAGGUAGCUUCAAAUCACUAGCUAUCGAUUAAAAUUUACAAAUAUUAGAUCGAAAAUACUUUUCAGAAAAAUUAAUUAAACUUGUAGGCUAACGCAACACUUGAAUAAAUAAUUUAAAUUAAAUUUAGUUUUAUUAACCGAAUAAGUGACGCUUUUCGGUAAAAUAGACUUUAGGCGGCAAAAAAAUAUAGAGGUUAUGUUUUGGAAAGUUUGUAAUAGAAUUAAAAUAUUAUAUUAUUUAAUCUAAUUUUUAAUUAACAACUAAUAUUCAAUAUUAACUGAAAUUUUAAUAUUAUUUACCAUUUUGUAAAUUUUCUUGUCCAUUUUCUCAUGUAUAAAAAUUGAAU